AUGGCAGGAAAGGAGGUUGUUGCAGCCGGAUUUAUUGUUUUUCGGACAAUAUCAUCUGAAAUACAGUACUUACUGCUGCAAACAUCAUAUGGUCAACACCACUGGACGCCACCAAAAGGUCACGUUGACCCUGGAGAGUCUGAGUUUGACACUGCAUUGAGGGAAACAACAGAGGAGGCAGGACUGAACAGAUCCCAUCUGGAGGUCAUAGACAAUUUCAAAAAAACAUUGAAUUAUCCCGUGAAUGGAAGACCGAAAAGGGUUGUAUACUGGCUGGCAAAAAUGAAAGAUCCUGAGAUGGCUGUUACUCUGUCUGAUGAACACAUUGACUUUAAGUGGUUAAAAGUGCAAGAGGCAAAUGAACUCAUCACACAAUAUAAAGACCUGCAGGCAGUUUUAAAUGAUGCAGAUGAAUACCUUAAGAGUAAAUACAGCAAUUUGUGAUGUUUGUUUGGUCUUGGUUUCCUGUUUUUCAAGCACUUGUAACAAAAUAAGUAAAAAAUAGGUUUAAUGAUAACUUUGGAAUGGUGUGUAUCGUAGAGAGCAGCGUCUUAGUUUAAAGUACAUGAGGUCAAAAGUCAGUCAAUGCUGGACCGAGGAAAAAAUCCCGUGAGUGACAGGUAGUGAUGCACGCCUGAUAACAGGCGGGAUGUGUACCGCAGUGUUGAAGCACCGUGGCAGAAUAUCGCCAGUAUGAUUGAUCAGGACAGAUAGAUGCCCUCUUUUGUAUGUCUCGCGCUGGCGAAUGUAUUUGUAUGUUAAUUACAGUAGGAACUACAGUUGAUAACGGGUACUCCUAGUCGCACAUGCCUUCAUAAUUAGAUGGUCCGUGGGUUGGGUUAUUGUUGUCCAAUAGGGACUAGGCUGAAAUUAGGUAUUUGGGUAUUAUUUAUUCUAAGACAAUAGCCAGAAGUUAAUCGAGUCUGGGAUCGAGUAGCUAGAGAGAGUUGGUAGUCGGACGUGGAGACGGGCAGAGUCCCGUAUGGGACCUGCUCCGCGAUGGAGCAGGCCCUGGCCAAGUUGGCCCAUGGACAUUUGUAUGGAACUCUUUGAUAUGGACGGGCAGGUGUUUAGUUUUUGUCUGCCUUACACAGGUAUUUAUUUUUGGUGCCACGACAUGCUGCUGUAUGUUGAUUAGGAACUAUCUUUUGUAAUGGAUAUUAGCGCGAAGUACUAACUAUGGAAAACCACUAUACUAUGAAAUAAACGUUUCGGUCAACCCAAGUAAA